CAGUUCCGCGGGCACGCGCUGCUUUCACAGCUCCGUGUCCGCUGUCGUGUUUUCUGAACGCAAAAGAGGACUGAUAAAGCGAUUUAUCGACUACUUUGGACAAACGUCUUUCUGCAAAUCAGUUUCCAAUGGGAUAUUACAGUCAGUAUUGUCAAAAAGUAACGGGAUCGUUAUUCAAGCACUUCCUCGACUAGGCGGUGCAGUGUGUGUAAGUUCCUCAUUUUUAUGUUCGGAGCAUGGAGGGUAUUUGUUUCGAGGUGAAACCCAGAGAUGACCCAAUCACAGCUCAUCCUCUCUGUGACCUUACACAAACACUUCCUGGAUCAGAGGAGAUGAGGAAGAAAGAGGAUGGGGAAGAGGUGAUUCAGUACAGACUGACUCUGGUUGGAUCUUUGGCCAUCCAUCCACAGACCACCAUGGCCAUGCUCCCCUGGGUGGUGGCUGAGAUACGGAGGCCCCGGGUUGGGGAGAAGAACAGAAACCUUGAGUUUAAUGGCAGUUACUCUCCAGAGGUUCGAGAUCAGUCAGUGGUUCUUCAGAUUUCAGCCAGUUCGGUGUGCUGCGUUCUGGACACGGCAGGCCCGGGGAAGCCAUGGAACCCGCUGCAACAUAUGGUUCUGUUUGAUCACAGGCCUCAUCGUGUCACCAAACUCAUUCACAACAGCCAAGAGCCCAGCUAUUUUGGCUGUCUGCUCAGAGAGGAAAAGAAAGCAGCCUGCUAUGUAUUCCGCUGCCAGGACCAGCUGAAGGUUCCAGAGAUCAUCAGCACUCUCAGACAGGCUGGCAAAAGCUCUGCCCGGCAAGAAGACACUCCAUCACUGCCUAGCAACGGCCAACCAGAUGCCUCCAGCUCAACGGCAACAGCAGCUGAUGCAGCCACAGCCUUCGCUAAAAAGUUUGAGGUGUUGUUCUGUGGGCGAGUGGUGGUGGCCCAUAAGAAAGCACCUCCUGCACUAAUAGAUGAGUGUAUUGAGAAGUUUGGACGUGUCAGUGUUACAGGCUCACUUGCAGCGGGCAUCAGGCGGGCAUUCUCGCUCAAUCAGGUGGUUAAUGGAACAAAUGAGUGUGAUGGAGGAGGAAAGCGACCUCUGUUUUUUAAAGAGAUCAGAGUUUUCCGUUUCUUGCAGGCAUUGGAUGAGAACGGCCUCUCACCGGAGCUCCAGCGACGGGCAGCAGACGGAGCCACUGGUGUUCAACCUACCAGCCUACAGGAGAACAGAACCAUGCUGUUUAUCAUCGGGCGAUCUCAGAUCUUUCUCGUGAGUCCUGACACUAAGAAAGUGGCCAUAGAGAAGAGCUUCAGAGAGAUUUCCUUCUGUUCUCAGGGAAUUCGUCACGUGGACCACUUCGGCUUCAUAUGCAGGGAGUCGGUAGAAUGCGGAGGCUGCCAGUUUGUUUGCUAUGUUUUCCAGUGUGCAAACGAGGCUCUGGUGGAUGAGAUCAUGCUGACUUUGAAGCAGGCGUUCUCGGUGGCCGCUCUCCAGCAGAACAGCAGGACCCAAAGUCAGCAGUGUGACGGCUGUCCCCUGCAGCAGCUGCACAAACUCUGUGACAGAAUAGAGGGUCUUCAUCCAUCCAAAGCUAAGCUGGAACUGCAGAAGCAUUUGGCUGGUCUGGAUAAUCAGGAGCAGGCAGCUGUGUUUGAGAGCACCAUGAAAGCCAGGCCUAAAUCGGAUCAGGAGGAAAAUGAGUUGAUUGUCUCAUGUCUAAGACGGAUGUACGAGGACAGACAAAAGACACACACACACAACGGGCAAACAAAAAAGGAUGUUGUUGUGAACGCUGAAAGCAGUGCGAGUUCUAGUCGUGUGCGUCUGGAGGAGUUCAAGACUAGAGCAAAACGAUCCCUCACUGAAUCACUGGAGGGGAUCUGGAAGGGUGGCAAUAAGUCUAAAUCUCAGAGGGAAAACAGUGAAGGAGAGAGCAACUCCUCCAGUUCCACCACACUGAGCAGCACACAUCAGGAAACAUCAUUGCAGGAGCCACUCUGCUCUCUGCUUCCCUCCAGUCCGCUGCGCUCCCACAAUUCCACAGGGGAUCUGAAGCAUCUUGAAGGCUCUGACAGGGGUCAGGAGGGUCCUGAGAGUCCGCCUCAGGGUUUCAGGAGACGCGCAAGCACUAUCAGUCACUCUCCCAUGCUGUCGUCCUCUGAGCCGAGCCUCCCUCCUCUACAGCCCACUGCUGCCAACAAACCCAAACUGGUCCGACACUACUCCGUCAGCACAGACUCCCCACACCAGAGCAAUCCUUCCUCCUCUCCGGCUUCUUCCUCUCCUGUGUGUCAGCGGCCGCUGAGGCCUCGUUCUUUCGCUCUUGAUCAUUCCACACGGCCUCUCAAGCGCAGUCCAUCAGGGCUGAGUGGCUUUAGAGCGAGAUUACACUCGUCCUCCUCUGUUCCAAAUUUCCUCAAAUUUCUGGCCCCUGUAGUGGAGAGUGAUGAUACCUGUGACUCUCAGAGGAAGAGUGAUGUUGCGGCCCUUUCCAGUCCUGGAGCAGUGUGUGUUGUUGGUGAUGACAGUCCAUUGCGCAACAGGAGACACUCAUGGAGACAACAGAUCUUCUUAAGAGUCGCCACACCACAGAAGGGCACAGAUGCCAAAGAAUCCACGUUAGAGGUUGGCAGCAGAAUGGCGCUAGGAGGUGGAGUUGGAGGCGGAGACAAAACUCUUGGGGCGGUGCCAGAGGAGAGGAGAAAGAGGAGCGGGGCGGAGCUUAGGGAGUUAUGGAGGAAAGCCAUUCUUCAACAGAUACUCCUGCUGCGGAUGGAGAAAGAGAAUCAGAAACUACAAGCGUCAGAGAGCGAUCUGCAGUGCAAACGCCUGAAGCUGGAUUAUGAAGAGAUCACUCCAUGCCUGAAAGAUGUCACUCUGGUCUGGGAGAGGAUGCUCGGCACUGCUGGCAGAGCGAAGGUCAGAUUUGACAUAGAUGAGAUCCACGGUGCUGUGGGACAAGGCGUUCCUCGUCAGCAUCGAGGAGAGAUCUGGAAGUUUCUUUCAGAGCAGUAUUUGCUGAGGCAGGAGGUGCCCAGCGCCAAACCGCCAAACAAUGACACUCCUUACAAGGAGCUUCUGAAGCAGCUCACAUCCCAGCAGCAUGCCAUCCUCAUUGACUUGGGACGUACAUUUCCCACUCACCCGUAUUUCAGCGCUCAGCUUGGUGCAGGCCAGCUGUCCCUCUAUAACCUACUGAAGGCAUAUUCUCUGCUGGACCCGGAGGUGGGAUACUGCCAGGGCCUGAGUUUUGUGGCUGGUGUUUUGCUGCUCCACAUGAGCGAGGAGGACGCAUUUCACAUGCUCAAAUUCCUCAUGUAUGACAUGGGGCUCAGGAAACAGUACAGGCCUGACAUGAUCAUACUGCAGAUUCAGAUGUAUCAGCUGUCUCGUCUGUUGCACGACUAUCACAGGGAGCUCUACUCUCAUCUGGAGCUUUAUGAGAUCGGCCCCAGUCUCUACGCUGCUCCAUGGUUCCUUACCGCCUUUGCCUCGCACUUCCCACUCGGAUUUGUGGCAAGAGUAUUCGACAUGCUGUUUCUUCAGGGGUCAGAGGUCAUCUUCAAAGUGGCCUUAAGUCUUCUCGGGAGCCACAAACCUCUGAUUCUCCAACAUGACAAUCUGGAGGCGAUCGUCGAGUUCAUCAAAACGACCUUACCCAACCUCGGCCUCGUGCAAAUGGAGAAAACUAUCAAUCAGGUGUCAGAGAUGGAUAUCAGUAAGCAGCUGCAGGCCUAUGAAGUGGAAUAUCAUGUUCUUCAGGACGAGCUUUUGGAUGGGCCCUCCACACUCAGCCAGUCCCAGCGAGCGGCCCAGCUGGAGAAGACCAAUGGAAGUCUCCGACAGCAAAACUUAGACCUCCUAGAGGAGCUACAGGUUGCCCAUGCCAAAAUCAGAUGUUUAGAGACUCGUGUGGACGGCCUUGUGAACCGAGAGGCUGAGCUGCAAUCACAAGUAAAGACUCUCCAACAGGAACGAACAGAUCUCCAGCAGACCGUAUGCAAACUCAGAGACCUUCUCAGCAGUCUGGGCAUAAGCAACCCCUGCCCAGACCACCAAAUCCUCACAAACAACAACCAAUAAAAAGUGUACCAGUGAGGAUACAGACUCUAGACUUCAUGAAACACUCCUAGAUCUGCCGUCAAACAUCCCUCGGCUCCGACAUCCUCUAAAAAAGCCAUUUAAGGUGAGGUGCACUGGGUCGGGUUUUUGUAUUUUUACAGUCUCUCACAAGAACUGAUCAAAACAACCUUAAAGAUCAAAACAUUAAACAGCUCAAAUGAACAGUCUCCUUUUCUUAGUUCUUAUAGCUUGACUGACGUUUGCUUUUUGAACAGAGGUUCGCUGUUUUAAUAGACACUCCUUUUAACACUCCCUGCUGUUAUUUUGGUGGCUUUAACGUGGAAAUGAGGUGUUUUUUGACUUCCCCGGUAGGCACUGAACAGCUGUCCGAAAGGCUGCAGAUGAAUGUUUGCACCCUGUUUUGUGUGGAUGUGUGUUUUUCUGUCUGUCUGUCUGUGUGUGUGUGUGUGUGUGUGUGUAUGUAUGUUUGUGGAAAUCAACCAUUGUAUUCCAGUGCAAUAUAAACCAAAAAGGCCCCUUCAGUACACUGUAAACAUGCGCAAUCUUCUGUGGAAUCCAAAGAGGAGCUCCAUUUCCAUAAACAGAAAUAUCUGUUUCAUAAAUGUUUUCGUUGGAAGCUCAGACCUGAAUGCUGCUGAUUUACUCAAAUAUCACUGACGCGUUUCCUUAAAUAAUAUUAAAAAACAUUCAGUCCCUUUUGCUUUUACAUACAAAUGCACAGCUUUACAUAUUAGCACUGUGUUAGCAAUGUUAUGCGUGUUUUUUGAGUUUUGAGGUUUCCGGUGAUGGCGUUUUUAGCUAUUCGGAUGCUCUGCUGUGGAAACGAACCAAAAUCAAGAUUUUAUUUUAUGACUUAAGUUCCUUUGCGAAGAAGCGCACGUGUUGGUGCUUAUAAUUGUGUGUUAGUGUGUUUGUCAGAGCACUUAGUCUGUUUUAAAUACAUUCUAGAGUUGUCAACUCUGUCUUUUGAGCGUGAAAUAUUUUGACGGAUGGAAAUACGUCGUAAUAAGAGGGUGUGUGCGUUUGUGAUUGAGGAAAGAAAACAGAUCGUCUUGCAUCAAUUGCGUGACAAUAUGUCCUUACCCUUUGACCCCUUGUGCUUUUCUGGAGGAUUCCACUGUCUCGCGGUUUUGACAGGGACACUGGUAAAAAGCGCUCUAUUUUUAUUGUUUUCUCUUGAGAGUAUUGUUCUUAUUCUAUACAUUAAACAUACAUUUUAAAUUG